AUGGGCGAUAUAGUUAUUGAACUAAACGUUGAAGAUGACUCGAACUCUACUACAAAAUUCAAACGAAGAGUAACAAAUAAACUAUUGAUGAUGGAAAAGUCUCUGGAUAGAAAGUACGAUCCUGAAAAUAAAUUUGAUGGUGGUUCCUUGCAAAUCAAAACAAUCAACAAUCGAAAAUAUCGAAUUCAAAGGAGAUUUAAUAAGAUGAACUCUUUUGGCAAGAAAUCUCUGAAGAAGGAGAAGAAAUUAUCAAACAAAUGGAAAGGGAAUUCGAUGAAAUUGUUCUACCGAUAG